ACAACACGGCAGAGCAGUCUCCGGAUCUGGAUGCGGGCAUCCUUGGAUUCUGCUCUUCUUGGCACGGGCCCGCUGCACGAACAACUUAAAGGGGACAACAAUGGUGCACGCCUCGGCGGCUCAAUCCGUGGCUGCUGGCCGUUCAGGGGACCGGGGACUGUGGUCAAUGUGACAUUCACUCGCACGCUGGUGUUGAGUUUAUUGUUCUGGUUCUAGACGCAGCGGAGCAGCGUUUCUUCUGAGAAGAUGUUGAGCAGAUUUAUGAGUGGCAGCAUCAGGAAUCUUGAGCGAGAAUACAGCUGCACCGUCAGACUGCUGGACGAUACGGAAUAUACCUGCACCAUUCAGCGGGAUGCAAAGGGACAGUAUCUGUUUGACCUCAUCUGCCAUCACCUCAACUUGCUGGAGAAAGACUAUUUUGGCAUCAGAUAUGUUGAUCCAGACAAGCAGCGGCACUGGUUGGAAGUCACAAAAUCAAUCGCAAAGCAAAUGAAAUCUCAGCCUCCUUUCACCAUGUGUCUGAGAGUCAAGUUCUACCCUCCUGAGCCUGCUGCUCUCAAGGAGGAAAUCACUCGAUAUCUUGUCUUCCUGCAAAUCAAGAGAGACCUCUACCACGGUCGGCUCCUGUGCAAAACCUCGGACGCAGCCAUGUUGGCUGCCCACAUCCUUCAAGCUGAGAUUGGUGACUAUGACCCUGGGAAGCAUCCUGAAGGUUACAGCUCCAAAUUCCAGUUUUUCCCCAAACAUUCGGAGAGGCUGGAGCGUCGGAUUGCCGAUUUACACAAAACAGAGCUGAUCGGACAGACACCUGAAACAUCAGAGAGAAAUUUCCUGCAGAAAGCCCAGAUGCUGGAGACAUAUGGUGUUGAUCCACAUCCAUGCAAGGAUGUGUCUGGGAACCCAGCCUUCCUUGCCUUCACACCGUUUGGUUUUGUGGUGCUUCAGGGAAACAAGAGAGUUCAUUUUCUCAGAUGGAACGAGGUGACCAAACUGAAGUUUGAAGGCAAGACUUUCAAUGUAUAUGCAAAUCAGAAGGAGGACAAAAAGAUCAUCUUGACGUACUUUGCACCCACACCAGAGGCUUGCAAGCACCUUUGGAAGUGCGGAGUGGAGAACCAAGCUUUCUAUAAACUUGAGAAGUCAAGUCAGGUUCGCACUGUGUCCAGCAGCAACCUGUUCUUCAAGGGCAGCCGUUUCCGAUACAGUGGACGAGUGGCAAAAGAGGUGAUGGAGCAGAGUUCCAAAAUCAAACGCGAACCUCCAGAAAUACACAGGUCUGGCCUCGUGCCGAGCAGAAGUUGUCCAUCCAUCACCCACGGGCCUCGCCUCACCAGUGUACCUCGCACGCGUCGGAGAGCGGUGCACAUAUCCAUCAUGGAAGGUCUGGAGUCCUUGCGUGACAGUGCCCACUCCACACCGGUGCGUUCAGUGUCCCACGGGGAAUCGUUCAUGCCACGCUCCCGGAGCCAGGCCACAGUUGGCAGCGAGCGCACGGCGGUCAUCUCAGACGAGGCCUACAGCCCCUCCGACAGUGUCCUGCCCACCCCCGUGGCCGACCACAGCAUGGAGCAGGCUGUCUCUCGGCAGAUUAACGGGGCGCCCUGCAGCAUCGAGGAGGAGAAGGAGUCGGAGGCGGGCACCCCCAUGCGUGGGGAAGUGGGUGAUUUUGGUGGUGCACAGGAGGGUGCAGGGGGGGACUUGUCCCUCAGCGAGGUGGAACAGGUGAAUAAAUUUGUCUUAAGUGUCCUCCGUUUGCUGCUUGUGACCAUUGGACUCCUCUUUGUCUUGCUCCUCCUCCUCAUCAUCCUCACAGAGUCAGACCUUGACAUUGCAUUUUUACGUGAUAUCCGCCAGACACCCGAGUUUGAGCAGUUCCAUUAUGAAUACUUUUGUCCCCUCAGGCGGUGGUUUGCCUGCAAGCUCCGCUGGGUGGGCGGGUUGCUCAUUAACAAGUGAGAGUGAGGUCGUAAAGUUCGUAAGCCCGUUCGUUGGGUCUGGAAAGACGGUUAGGACUCCGGAGUGAUGGAGGGCAGCUUCGGCAAACCCAAUGAACCCUGCUUCUCCCAUCAUCCUCCUGCAGACAAACAGCUCGGACCACUCUUGGUAACAAACCGGGCCAGGCUCUCUCCUCCUCCUCCUCUUUCUCCUCCUCCACUUUGAGUUAACCCUCCCACCCAAACCAACCACCUCCACUUUUUGCUUGCGUUUUUUUUUUUUUUUUUAACAAUGCCACGAGGCGUUUUUUUUGCUUUUUUUUAAUUUCAAGUCAUUUCAGGUAUUUUAUUUUUUCAAAUAAUACAAAGUGAAAAAAAAAAAAAAAAAAAAAAAAAAAGAACUGAAAUCAAAGAAUUGAAGGAUUUUGAAAAGUUCCUUUUACAGGAAUGGAAGAUUUUUAUUUGCAAUUGUUUAUUAUUUAUUUGAAACAUAUUUGCAUACGAGAGGAGAAGAGAAGAUAAGAGAGUAAUUGAGGAGUGUUCUUGAAGUUAAGAUGGAAGUUUGUUACGUUGGAAACGAUAGGCCGACUGCUGUAAUGUACAUGUGAGGUGAAGCAGAGUGAUAUCUUCGGAUAGGAUUCAUUCCUAUCAAAACGAGAGAGACAGCAGAUUGAGCUGAUGAGGGAAAGCAGAACUAUCUGAAGGCAAUAAGAGUGAAGGUUCAUGAUAAGGAAACAGACAGGGGGAUUAUCAAAUGCCUUUCUUGAGAAAUGUUGGCAAUAUAGAAUUUUGGGUGUACUAAGUAAACAGAUGAGGAUUUAAGUUGUCUUUUCUUACAUUUUAUAAGCUUACAGAAAAUAAAAAUCAGUACUGACAGUGAUAUGUGGCCCAGCGGUGUCAGAGACAUAUUCCUGACGAACAACAAUACACUGACACCAAUAGAAGGUAGUCUAGGUAGAGGAGCAACGCUCUUAAGGUUUCAAUAAUUACUUUUGAAUGUGCUCAUUUGUUCAGUUCUCUUUUUUCUCCAAUUCAUAUGAUUUGCAUUUUUCAUGAGGUUGAAAUUCACAGAGUUUCAACAAGUUCUUUAUGAAGAGUGUAUGAUUUGUUUUGGUUUCAUAUCAACCUCGUUCUUCUGUUCAUGUAUCAUAGAAUUAGAUUAAGAAUGAUGAUGUACUUUUUGUACAAAUUAGUUUGUUUCCUAAUAUAUAUUGACAGGUUUUUCAUGUAUAUUUUAACAGAACUGAAAUGUUAUUUUGUUAUUGAAGAUUAAAUUAUACCUUUUUUAGUGCUGUGUUUCAAGUGAGGUCAGAAGCAUUUAUGGAAAUGUGGAGGGGGGAGGGGGGAGGGGGGGGGACUGAAAAACAGGGUUUUUAUCCAGAUCCACUCAACACUGACCACACCUGUCAUUGCACCACCAGCAGUGAAUACAUCUUUAGUACAGUAUGUACUCGGUUUUAAUGAUCAUAUCAAACACGGGGAUUUCAUCAACCAUCACAAAUACCAAAAUAUCCACAAACACAUUGUCAACAUUCAGAUAGCUAUACCUUUUUUUAACUUGAGAGCCUGCAGAGGGGACUAUGGGCCUACCAGUUACUGGAUCUGGAUUGUCCUGCUGCUUGGCGGACUGUCUUCACAACGAAAUGUAUUCCAAAACAUAUGCAACUAAUAUACAGCUACAAAAAGUUGUGAAUACAUUCAAUUUGCAGUUACUUUGACAAACAAUUGUUCAACAUAUUUUAAGUGGGGAAAAAAAAUCUAGUCCUGCAGUGUUAGGGUUACAAGAUAUCUGUAAAGCUGUAAAUAUUACUGGACUUCUCUAGAAAUUAUUCUGCAGAUGAGUCGAUAAGGAAAUGAGAUGUUGUCUGCUGUCCUGAUCAAAAAUGAUUUAAUGGGCCUGGAAAUAAUUUAUUUUUUUGGAAGAUAUUUACAUCCAGGCCUGUUUGAAGAAACUAAAAGUAUUUCAUGACUUUUUCUAAGCCUCAUGCAAUUUUUUCAAAAUUAUUUUCAUUUACUGUUUCUAUUAGUUUUUAAAUCAUCCAAAUAAAAGCAGAUGCCAGUGUGUCUAUGAUAAUUUAAUAGUUGGGUGUGACAUGUCAGUCAGGCUCUAGGCUCGUCAGUCUCACGGCUCCAGGGAGCAAUAACUAUCAUGGGUGCUGGACUCUGGGUAAAAUCUCUUUUGUGUUUGUGUUUUGCGUGUCUUUCUCCUGUACCAAGUGCAGGUGCAAGUGUUAGUGUGCCUGAAUGUAGGAAUGAAAACAUGUUUCAAGGUGUAAGUGAUAGAGAGUCAGACAGUGAGGAGUCCAUUUUUUUUCAACUUUUAAAAGUAGAAAAAAAGACUUUAAGGGAAACGAGAGAGAGAGAGAGGAAAAGACUGAAGGAUAUCAGAGGCCUUCAGUUGAAGUUCAAAGGUCUGCUGCUUUAACAGUGAGAUUUUAAAAUACAAAUAAGGAAUGGCAGGCACUUGGUGACCCAUUUCUAUAAUGGCUGUACAGGUUGCUUGUAUUUGGCCUGCUAAUUUAAACGCCACACUCUGAAAACCAGCACCUGCAGCUGCUCUAAAGCCCGAUGGUGCUACUUUCUUUUUUUGCUCCCGUGCAAUCCGAGCGUGUUGGUUCUUGGCUAAGUCAUAGUCCUGACCACAGAGUAGCAUGCACUAAUAGUGUGUUGUGGCUGGAUCCACUUCUGUAGCUCAUUAUUCCUUACAAACCACAGUUAAGGAAGCAGCAUUAGGCUUGAGGGUAUAUCAAAUUAUAGAGCUAUGAUGGCAAGAAACCCUUCAUACAUGUGCUGUUGGAGCUUAUUCUAAAUCUGUGGGGGGCGAAAAUUCAACUUUGAUUCAACUACGUAAUAGCAGCUGCAAAGAGAAGGCACAUUUAUCCAAACUGGAGCAGGGCUGGUGGGCAGACUUUUUUUUUUUCUUCUGUACAAUCAUUCGUUACAUGUUUUACUUAUUUACUGAUACAGUCAGACUGAAUUUUAGCAGGGCAUCCUUUUAAAGGUCUGCAAAGGCUUUUCUCAUACAUUUAUCAGCAUUAUGUAGCUUCAGUGGUCUCUCUGAACAUGCAACAGGAAGAAAAAAAAAAGGCAGCAUUAUUCAAUGAGCAAUAAUCAGUUGUAAUCAGUUGCAAAGCAGAGCAAAAUGAUGUGAUUUACUAACUUGUUUUAAAAAAAUCCAACAAGGAAGUCAAACAUAUCAGUCUCUAGAAAAAACCUCUUAAUAAAUUGUCAAUGUACUGACUUGAAUGACGAUGUGACCACUGAGACACUUAGGUAUCAUUGCAUUUAUUGUUAAUGUUUUUUUUUUUUUUUUUUUUUUUAAAGAUUUCCCUCAGAGACCUCUUUGUGUGGAUGUUUUUUUUUUCUGCUGUUUAAUUGUUUAAGAGACGGAUUGCUUCCAAUGACUGGAUCCUACAGCUGCAGUCUACCAAAGUGGCAAAAAUAAAGGAAUGGAUAAAAAGACAGAACAUCCCCAACAACUUUACAGACUGCACCAUCCUUUUCUCUCCUUGGCCAAGUGUGAGGGGGGGGGAGGGGAGGGGGGGGAUAGUGUUUGAGUGCCAGAAAACUGUAAUGUACAUUGGGCAGCCAACAAUUUGUCUUAAUUAGUCUUUGCAGGCAUGUUUUCUGUCACAAACCUGACUUUAUUUUGUACUUUUCAGUUGUUGUGCCAUGUUUACAUCGUUACAGCUCUUUUACCUCGCAGGAGAUGGGUACAGUAUGUGUACAUUCUGAUUGAGCACGUCAUCCAGGGUUUAGCUAGACAGCUUUGCCGUCCCAGAAAAGCAGCAGCAGAGAUGGUAAGACCAUGAAGGUACAAUGAUGAUUCUUGGGUUAAAACCUAAGUUUGCACAAAAGGUCGACUUAAAAAACAGACAGAUUGAUAUUGUAUACCUCAGUACAACUGCUAAGCGGCAAAUUCAACAAAAGGGAGACUUGACUUUUUUUACUGAUGCGGACUGAAAUAGAUGAUAAAGGUCAUUUCUGAGAUGGGAUUUUGAAUUUGGACUAAAAUGUACUGCGAGGUGGGGGUGUUUGUCUUCUCCAUUUGUUUGCAAUCAUCAGAUAUUGUAAUAAAAGGUUCAAACACCAAAAUAUCUAUGAAAUGAGCUGCCCUAAAAAAAACUCUUUAAACUUUUAAGGGAUUUUGUUGACAUCUGUGAUUAAAAGAACAUCCAACACAUGUUCAUGAUUGAAAUCUGAUAUGUAUACAAAAUGGGUUAUUUAAAUGUAAUCACUGGCUAACUCGCCUUUCACAUUAAUGUGGGUGAUGCAUAAAAGAACUGAGGGGUUUGUAGAUGGAAAAAAAAGUCAUUACUGAAAAUAUUUUUAACUGUUUUCUGCCCCCCCCCACCCUGCUAGCUCCCAGUACAGCCCCUCACAUGACCGUUCAUACACGUCAAUAAGUGUAUUAGCAUAUCCACGACUGGUGGUUGUGUUAUCUUGUCCUCAUAGUUCUCUCCUAGGAUGGAAGACUGCUGUUUCAUUACGUUAUAUAUACAAGUAUUUGAAUAUAUAUAUUAAUCCAUGUGCCAAAUCCAGUCCUUGUUGAGUCUGAUCCAUUCCGAACACGAUGUUUGUACUGUAGGAAACCUUCUGUACAAGUCAGUAUAAAAUAUUGUUUCUCUCCAGUAGUCCCUUGUAACUGGUGCCAUUAAAUGAUACUAUUCAAACUUGAAAUAAACAUUGAAUACAAACGUGA